UGGAGACUGAAUUCUAGAGAACUAAGACUUCACAAGGACAUAACAGAAUGAGUGAAAUAUUUAAUAAGUUCCUCAUGGGGAUGCGUGACUUUUUAAAGGACUAUUUUCUUGGUUUCUGGGACUAUGAGACACCAAAGGUGAUGGUGGUUAAAAACAGAACUCUUGGAGCCAUAUACAGAAGCGUUCAGUUUCUGGUGAUCACCUAUUUCAUCUGGUAUGUCUUCAUAAGUCAGAAAGCCUACCAAGACAGUGAAACUCGUCCUGAGAGCUCAGUCUACACGCGGAUGAAAGGCAUCGCAGUUCAUGGAGAUGACAUCUUGGACACUGUAGAGUAUGCUCGACCCUCAGAGGGUGGCGAUGUGAUUAGUACAAUAUUAAGACGAGAAGUUACCUACGAUCAGAAGCAUGGACACUGUGCAGAGCAUUUCAGUGUUAAGAAUGCCAACUGUACGAGAGACUCUGACUGCGUGAAGGACGAGAUGGACUUCGAAGGCCAUGGCAAAAAGACCGGCAGAUGUGUCCAGUACUACAACCUCACCUUUAAAACCUGUGAGAUCCAGACCUGGUGUCCUAUUGAAAAGUAUGGUCGUGUAAGAGAGCCACCAUUAGAGAAGGCCAUCAACUUCACAGUGUUCAUCAGGAACUCCAUCCACUUCCCCAAAUUUAAAGUUCUGAGGGGAAACAUCAAAGAUGUUUCAAGCAAGCGCGACAUGAAUAAAUACCUGAACAAGUGUCACUACGAUGAGGAGAAAGAGCCCUACUGUCCCAACUUCCGGCUGGGUUACAUCGCAGAUAAAGCCAACGAGGACUUCACGGAGCUCUGCAAGACCGGAGGCGUCAUCGGGGUUUUCAUCAACUGGAAAUGUAACCUGGAUCUGGAUCCUUCCAACUGUAAACCCACGUACUCUUUCCGUCGCCUUGACCUCCGCAAGGAUCAGGCUAACUCUGGUUACUACUACAGGUUCGCCAAAUUUUACAGUAAGGAUGGAGUCGAGUCUCGGACGCUCAUCAAGGCCUACGGCAUCCGCCUGGAUGUCAUAGUUCACGGACAUGCUGGUAAAUUCAGUCCCAUCCCAACCAUCAUCAGCACGGUGACUGCUCUGACCUCCGUUGGGAUUUGCACCAUUUUCUGUGACUGGAUCCUGCUGACUUUUAUUGACAAGAAUGAAGUCUAUAGUGAUAGAAAAUUUGACGCGGUCAUCAAGGAGCCCGCCGUGCCCCCCCCCACAGCGCUCAGCCACAUCAACAGCUUCGGCUCAAACCAUUCGGACCUGUCGGAAGGCGUCCCGCUGUAACGCCGCCUCAGUCCCACCUGGCCAAGAAUGUGGAAGCCCCUCCAUCAGCUGUGAGCGGCUCUGGCCGCAGCAGCUCCGCUCUGGGCGCCAUGCAGUGGAAAGGAACGACGGAGGAGGCAUCGCCCGACAGACGGCCGGUCGCCUCAAAGUCUGUGCCGUGGAUUCAGCUCAUAUAUCACCUCCAACCCCGAUGGACACGAACGUGUGCGACAGUGAAGUUAAUUGUUUGUCUUUCACUUGACAUGACAUUGGAGUAUGGAGGAACAUGACGAGCUGUGCUCAUUUAUAUCAGUGUAUUGUAGACAUCCAGUGCAAUACCUUCUAUCAACUCACGGUCAUACUGGGAUUCACUGUAGCCUACUACUAUAUCAUGAAACAUUGACCUCUGCUCUUGUAAUUCUGCAUUAUUAAAAACUAAAGCUUGUUU